CCAUAGCCAUUUUCAUGAAACAUCUUUCAUUAUUCAAGAUAGCAUCAAUUCUCACUUUCACACAAAGGGAAAUCCAACAAACAAUGGCCCUCCCAAGACACCAACUCUUUUUGUUCCUCGUUGCCAUGUUUGUUUCUUUUGCUGAUAGCACAGUGCCAGAGGACCCACUUAGGUUAUUUCAUCAGGCUUCUCCUAAAGACAAGAACUUCAUCAUGCAGAGUACACAACAUGUUUUGAAGUUGAAGAGUUUUGGCAAAUUGGGUCUCGUUUCUUCUUCGCUUAAAAUGGUUAACGUCAAUGAUUAUGGAGCUCAUGGAGAUGGUAAAACUGAUGACACUCUGGCAUUCAAGAAGGCUUGGAAAGUAGCAUGUUCAUCUGCAGGAGCAGUUUUUGUGGUGCCGCAGAAAAGUUAUGUACUCAAGCCAAUCACAUUUUCUGGACCUUGCAAAUCCAACAUCGCAGUACAGAUAUCUGGGACCCUUGAAGCAUCAGAUAAUCCAUCAGAUUACAGUGGAGACCGCACACACUGGAUUAUGUUCCACAGUGUUCAGAAACUAUCAGUUAAUGGUGGUGGAACCAUCGAUGGAAAUGGAAACAUAUGGUGGCAAAACUCAUGCAAAAGGAACCACAAGCUUCCUUGCAAGAAGGCCCCUACGGCGUUGACUUUCUACCGGUGCAACUACUUAACAGUUGAAGAUUUGACGAUAAAGAAUGGCCAACAGAUGCAUGUGUCGUUCGAAGAAUCUAAGAAUGUUAUAGCUUCUGGUCUCACUGUGACAGCACCUGAGGAUAGCCCCAACACUGAUGGAAUUCACAUCACAAACACUCAAAACAUCCAAAUCUUAAACACAGUUAUAGGAACAGGUGAUGAUUGUAUAUCAAUAGAAAGUGGAUCCACGAAUGUGCAAGCCACAAAAAUAACCUGCGGACCAGGCCAUGGUAUCAGCAUCGGAAGCUUAGGGUCUGGGAAAUCCAAGGAUUUUGUUUCAGGAGUAACGAUAAACGGUGCUAAAUUUUCUGGAACUACAAAUGGAGUAAGAAUUAAAACAUGGCAGGGAGGUUCAGGAAGUGCAAGCAACAUCAAGUUUCAGAACAUUGAAAUGGACAAAGUAAUGAACCCCAUAAUAAUAGAUCAGAAUUACUGUGAUCAAGCGACACCAUGCAAAAAACAAAAAUCUGCAGUUGAGAUCAGGAAUGUGUUGUACGAAAACAUAAAGGGCACAAGUGCUUCUGAUGUGGGUGUGCAAUUUGAGUGCAGCGAGAAGUUCCCAUGCAAAGGGAUAGUGUUGCAGAACGUAGAGCUUGAACGUGAAGAUGGAGAAGGGGCCAAAGCUUCAUGCAACAGUGUUCAAUUGUCCUACAUUGGAGAUGUUAACCCUCAAUGCCCAUAGCAAUAUUACAAAACACACACUUCCAAAUAAUGCAACAUUAAUUGUUUUGCACAUAUAAUAAGGCUAAUUCAUUUGUAUAGCAGCCAACAAUCAUAUUUGUAUCAUAUCUCAUCAUUUGUUCUAUGUUCCAUAAAUAAAAUUUAACUUAUCAUACUUUACUUUA